CAAACGUUUGCCGUGAAAAUUUCAAAAUCAUUGGGUUCUUGAUCCAUCGUUAUGAUUAUUAAGCCCUAUUUUUGGUAAGAAGUAUACUGAUACCGUCAUACCAUCUAGGAUAAAAACAAAACAGAUAGAGUAUUUAAAUCGCCAAAAAUCAUACUCUGAAGUUUCAGUAAUCAUAAUACGUAAAUAAUCGGAAAUUUCUACUGACUUACUAUUUAACUAUGUGGACAUACAUGUAUAAACCUAAGAUUUGGUAAAAUAGAAGUUUAUUUACAUGUUCAACCGAUUUGUUUGAAUAGUCAUAUAAGGAUAUUCUAUCUGCACGUGCCUUCUGCGAAUGCAGCUUCGGUAAAUAAAUUGUGGAUUUAGUGAGUGUUGUACAAGUACCAAUUUCGAAAGCUACUCUUGGUAUAUAAUCUGGAGGAUUGAGGGUUUGUUCUCGUCGAAUAUGGUCUGCGUGUAACAGCUGAUGGUGAAGAAUUCUUCACACAAGUGGAUAACUGAUUGCUACUGCUGUUGAAAUUCCUUCCGUACUUGUUUCUAGAAUUUUUACAAUUGCCCUCUGGAGGCGGAUACGAGAGUUUAACACUGACAGAGGUUAAAAUAGAGGCUAAAAAUAUCAAGCUAUUCUUGCAGCAUGACUAAUUACCAGAAGCAGAAAACUCUAUACAAUAGAAAACUUAAACAAAAGAUUCUUUAAAUAUGUAAAUCAAUGAUCCGUGUUCAUUAGAAUUUUUCUUCCAUGUAAUGAACACCAGUGACCUUUACUGAUACAUUUAAAAGACUAUAGAUUGCUAAUACGUUUCUAAAAAAUUUUACGUUAUCGUAAAAAUAAGAUUUAUUUAUACCAUGAAAAUAUGUAUGAGUUUAAUGACGCAAAUAAUUUUGCAAUAGAGAAUCUAUUGUAAACUUUUUGUUCUUGUCAAAAAAUGUGGUGAACAUUAGCACAGUAAAAUAUUAAUGAAACAAUGUAAAAACUUGAACGUUGAUCGCCCCUGAUUCUUGUGCACGUCGCGUUUCGAAUAUGAUUUCUUUUUUAUUUUGUGUCGUCAGAAGAUACGAAGGUGGGUAUAUUAACGAAGGUACUCGAUCGGAGUCUAGAUAUAUCUGCUAGUCAGGAAGCAUUAAAGACUGUUAAUACCAAGAUGUCACUCGAGCAGAAAUUCAAAGAAGCGGCGAGUGCGUUCAAAGCACUUCUUACGCCGCCAACGGAAGAAGAAUAUACGCAGUGUUACGGACUAUUCAAACAAGCAACGGUGGGCGACGUUAACAUACCGGAUCCAGGGAUGAAAGAUCGGCAGGAGAAAAAGAAGUGGGACGCCUGGAAGGGAAAGGAGGGUAUGUCGAAGGACGCUGCGAAAGAAGAGUACAUCAAGCGUGUUGAUAUAUUAGUGAAAAAAGAUGAUGAUGAUUGAUAAUGCUCAUUGACUUUCAUACAUGUUUUGUAUGUCUAUAUGUAUUUCACGAUUUUUUAAAUAUAACUUUCUCAGAUAUGGGAGGCUGUUAUAAUAGUAGGUUAGGUUAGGUUUUCCUUGUACUUGAAAUAUUUAAAAGGCUUUUCAAAGCCUUAGAUAUUUUAUAUUACUUUUAUAUUUUUUAUGUAUGUUUAGAAUAAUUUCUUGAAUGUUCUGUAAGGUAGUGAGGAGUUUUUUUAUUCGUAUUAUCGCGUGGAAAAGAAAUAGAAAUUGAAAACUGUUUUAAAUAAUUCUUAUUUGUUUCAAUAAACGACGAAGAUCGGUUGUGAGCUUGGUGGGAAGGAAAUAAAAUAUGCUAUUGCGCUGCCUUUUGCAAUAAGCAACGAUUACAAUGCAUAAACCGUCCGCCAUUUUGAUUAAUUAGCCAGUUACGGCAGCUAUUUGAAUAUAUAGCAUACAUUUGAAUAUUCUUUCAUAUCCAUUUGUUAGUUAUACGCAGUAGUUCAUUAAAUUAUUAAUUAAAAUUCAUAAGUUAAAUUUA